AUGGAUGUUCGUCGUUGUCGUAGAUGUAAGAGAAAGCGUCUUGAUGACGAGCCAGAAGAAGUUCGUCAGUAUAAAACUUGUGCCAAGUGUCGAAUUAUUGAAAGAAAUAAAAAGAAUCUGAGAAAACCAUUAGCGGAAGAAACCAUGCUUUACGGGUUGAAACAAUUUAGAGAACAACAAUCGGCAGAAAAUUACAUAGAAGAAGAAGGUUUAUUGAAGGAUGAAUUUUUUAAAAGGUAUCAUAAUAAACCAUUCAAUUACCAGGUGGAGAUAGCAAAAGUGCUAAAUAAUCCAAAUUAUGUACCACCAGUUAUUCAUAAUCAUAAUACCAACGAAGUGGUUUCUUCAUCCAAUGGAAAUACUGCUGGUCCCAAGUACCAAAUGACAAUGAAGACAAAUAAUAAUGGAAAUCAAGCACCAACAAAAUCUCGAAAGCAACAACAACAACAACCUCAGCAGCAGCAGCAACAACAACAACAACACCAACAACAUCAUCAACAUCGCCAACAGCAACAACAACAACAACAAACACACCAACAGUUGCAUCACCAGCAAGAAACUGUUGUUGACGAUGAAGAAGAUCUUUAUAAAAUUUUGUCAGAAUUGGGUAAUGAAAACGAAUCGCCUAAAGAUGCUAAAGUGAUUAAAGCAAACUUGGAUCCUUAUUCGAACGAUAAUGUAUUUGAUGAUUUUCAAAAAUAUUUAUCCACUAUACUUGAGAAAUUGCAUUCUGACAAAGACAUAAAAAAUUUAGUUUAUUUAAAAGAGUUUAACGAUGCCUUUACAACUAACAUGUCCAGAUUUGAUGCUUACACUAAAGAUCGUACCACACUAUAUCAAAGCAUCAGGUUGAAUGAAAGACAAUUUCGAAGUCACUUGUUGAGUAAUAUAAGAGCAUUAUAUAUUGAUCCAAUAAUUGCUUGUUUAGGUUUGCUUUAUAAACAAGAAUAUUCCAAUAUUAAUGAAUUUAAAUCAACAACAUCUAUUAAAAGCGGGUUUAGUUAUAUUGCCAAAUCUGCUGAGCAAGACGAAAUCAAAAAUUUGAAAGAAUCCUCGAUUACGUUGGUAUUCAAUAAGAAAUAUCAUUUAUUAGUCAUUAAAUUGAAUCAUACCAGCUAUAGACCAAGUGAUAUUGUUUAUCCAACUGAGUUUAAACAAAAAGUUGCCGCUGUUUUUGGAUUACUACAGAUGGAAGAGUUCUCCCCAGUUGCAAGUUUCCAGAACAUUAAUCUUGAUUAUAAUGCGGUUACUGGCGGGUUAGUAUAUGAUAAAUUGGUUUCUGUGUCCCACACUUAUAAUGAAGAGUUGCAAAAUUUUAUCAAAGAAUUGAACAAGGAUGCGUUUAUUGCUGAUUUUGUCAAUUAUGAAAAGGUUUUCAAGCUUGACGAGGAAAACGGUGUUGAUGACAUGGACGUUGAUGAAGAAAAACCAGAAAACAAAAAAGAACAAGAGGAAGAGGAAGAGGUAGACGAUAAAAUGGACGUGAGUAAAGAGGCUGACCCUGAAUUAGUAAGUGACGUUAAUCAAGGAAAUAAAGAUGAGAGCGAACCUAUUGGUGAAACUGAAGAAGAGGAGGAACUUCAUGUUGAAGGGGCUCACGUGCCAAGUGAAGAUGAAUCCAGUGAGAGUAUAGCGAUUGAGAACGACAAUGAAUCAGAAAAUGAUAUCAACCAAACAACUACAUUUGUUAGUAAUGAAAACAAAGAUGACAUUACUAUCAAGGAAGAUGAUCAUGAUAUUCUUUCUAAGAAAGAGUCAACAGUAGAAGUUUUGGAUCCAGUAUUUCAAUUUUAA